AGAAAAAAAGAAGAAAAUGAGUGAAGAGAAGAAGCAGCAGCACUUCGUGAUGAUACAUGGUUCAUGCCACGGCGGGUGGUGCUGGUACAAGGUUAAGCCACUUCUCGAGGCCGCCGGUCACCGCGUAACUGCCUUAGACCUAGCUGCUUCGGGUAUAGACUUAACCAAGUCUAUCACUGAGAUCUCCACAUUUGAACAGUACUCUGAGCCAUUGAUUCAACUAAUCGCCUCUUUACCAAGUGAUGAGAAGGUUGUACUAGUUGGUCAUAGCCUUGGAGGGAUGAGCAUAGCCAUGGCCACGGAUAAGUUCCCAGACAAAAUCUCUGCCUUAAUCUUUGUGGCUGGUUUCAUGCCCGAUACCAAAAACUCACCAUCGUUCGUCGUGGAUAAGUUUAAUCGAGAGACUCCGCCAAAAGCAUGGUUGGGCUCGGAGUUCAAAUCGUAUGGUUCAGACAAUUCCGGUAUGUCACUUUUGUUCAGCACUGACUUCCUGAAGCAAGCUCUCUAUCACCUUUCUCCUAUUGAGGAUAUUGAGCUUAUGUCGCUUCUAAAGAGGCCAGGAUCAAUGUUCAUCAAUGAUUUAUCCAAGCUGAAGAACUUUUCUGACAAAGGUUUGCAAAUGGAAGAUUUAGUUCUGCCAAGUAGAUUGUUUGCCACCGUCAGACACAACCUCUCUUCCACCUUUAUAUAUAUCUUCUCCUAUGUCACUGCCAGUGAGUAAAAUGAUCGGAAAAUAAGCUUUUGUUUUUUUCGCUCUAUUUUAUGAAAAAUAUAUAGAAGAGAAAUGUAAAAUUAUUAUGUUUGUUCUUCCACAUGUAACAUUGACACCACCACCACAAGUUGUUUCAUCAUCGCCAGUUUCUUCUCCCCCCCCCCCCCCCCCCCCACCGUCAGCAGCCAUCGUCUCUUCUUCUCCUCCACCUCUCCCCUUUGUUGAAUAUCAUGAACCAGUAGAGGUUGUACUAUUAAUAAAUGUUAUGUACUCCUAUUUUGUAUCGGUUACUUAUGUAUGUGAUAAAAAUC